CAAAUUUUCGUUUCCGGUGAAAACGGAGUGCACAUUUUAUAACAUUUUCAUCAAAAUAACGGAGUUUUCACCAUCAAGAUGAGUUACAAUUACGUCGUGACGGCGCAGAAGCCGACGGCUGUAAAUGUAUGCGUCACAGGAAACUUCACAUCACCUGAUGAUCUCAAUUUGAUAAUCGCCAAGAAUACACGUCUUGAGAUCUAUGUUGUCACACCAGAGGGUUUGCGUCCUGUCAAAGAGAUCAACAUGUAUGGCAGGGUAGAAGUUCUGGAACUCUUCAGACAACAGAAUGAUACAAAGGACCAGUUGUUUGUGUUGACCGCUCGCUAUAAUGCUAUGAUCUUGGAAUGUGAUCGUACUGGAGGAUCUAGUGGAAACAUUGAAAUCGUCACCCGUGCACAUGGAAAUGUUCAAGAUCGUAUAGGAAGGCCAGCGGAGACUGGUAUCAUUGGCAUCAUAGAUCCAAGGUGUCGUGUCAUUGGGAUGAGGCUUUAUGAUGGCCUCUUCAAGGUGAUUCCCUUAGAUAGGGACAACAAAGAGCUGAAAGCCUUCAAUAUAAGGCUUGAAGAACUAGAUGUCAUAGAUGUACAGUUUCUAAACUGUGGAGGGCUCAUGCCAACUAUUAUCUUACUGCACCAAGAUCAACAUGGUCGACAUGUGAAGACAUAUGAGAUCUCCGUAAGAGAGAAAGAGUUCUUAAAGGGACCCUGGAAACAGGAUAAUGUUGAAACUGAGGCCUGUCUUGUAGUAGCAGUUCCCCAGCCAUUUGGUGGUGCCCUGAUAGUUGGGCAGGAGUCAAUAACAUACCACAAUGGAACAAAUUACAAAGCUAUUGCCCCACCUAUCAUAAAACAAAGUACAAUUACUUGUGUGGGCAAGGUAGAUGCUAAUGGGUCGAGAUAUCUACUAGGGGAUAUGACAGGGAGAUUGUUUAUGCUGUUGUUAGAGCAAGUAGAAAACAUGGACGGAAGGAUGGAAGUUGGAGAUCUCAAAGUGGAGUUCCUGGGGGAGACUACAAUAGCAGAAUGUAUAACAUACUUGGACAAUGGAGUGGUCUAUAUUGGGUCUAGACUUGGCGACUCACAGCUUGUAAAGUUGAAUGUAGAAUCAGAUGAGAAUGGCUCCUAUGUGCAGGUAAUGGAGACAUUCACCAACUUGGGCCCCAUAGUUGACAUGUGUGUUGUGGACCUAGAGAGACAGGGCCAGGGGCAGCUGGUGACAUGUUCUGGAGCAUAUAAAGAGGGAACUCUUCGGAUCAUUCGUAAUGGAAUAGGUAUCCAUGAGCAUGCAUCCAUAGACCUCCCUGGAAUCAAAGGCAUGUGGCCACUCAGAGUUGGCUCUCGUAACCUAGACAACCAUAUUGUACUGUCAUUUGUCGGCCAGACCAGGGUGUUGAUGCUGAGUGGAGAGGAGGUGGAGGAAACAGAGAUAGGGGGAUUUGAGGGAGAUCAGCAAACGUUCUACUGUGGCAAUGUUACAGAUGACCUUGUUGUCCAGAUAACCUCUGCUUCUGUCCGACUCUUAAAUCCGUCAUCUAAGGGUCUGAUCAGUGAGUGGAAGCCUUCUAGUGGCAAGAACAUCAGCGUGGCAAGUUGUAACAACUGCCAGGUCGUAUGUGCAGUAGGAAAAGAAAUAUACUACCUUGAGAUUAAAGAUGGCAGUACUACAGAAAUCAGUUCUACCACCAUGGAACAUGAAGUGGCAUGUCUUGAUAUCACUCCACUAAAUGAAGGAUCAGACAGGGCUCAUAUGUGUGCAGUAGGUCUAUGGACCGAUAUAUCAGCUAGAAUACUACAACUCCCCAACUUUGAUAGCUUACAUGUAGAAAUGCUUGAAGGAGAGAUCAUCCCUAGGUCUAUUCUGAUGGCCACAUUUGAGGGAUUGAACUAUCUUCUAUGUGCACUUGGAGAUGGAUCACUCUACUACUUUGCCCUAGACAUACAGACAGGUAAUUUAAGCGAGAGGAAGAAAGUUACUCUCGGCACACAACCUACUGUACUGCGCACAUUCAAGUCUCUUUCAACCACCAAUGUAUUCGCCUGUUCAGAUAGACCCACCGUAGUCUACUCCAGUAACCAGAAGCUUGUAUUCUCCAAUGUCAACCUAAAGGAGGUCAACUAUAUGUGCCCCCUGAAUUCAGAGGGCUACCCAGACAGUCUUGCCCUGUCCAACGACACUAGUCUGACUAUAGGAACUAUAGAUGAAAUCCAGAAACUUCACAUCAGAACCUUCCCCCUGGGGGAAUCACCAAGGAGGAUAGCCUACCAGGAAUCAUCACAGACAUUUGGUGUAAUCUCACUCCGAUUGGACAUCCAGGACAAUACAGGAGCCACACCCGCAAGGCCCAGCUCCAGUACACAUGCACUCACAACAUCAAAAAGUACCAGUUCAACUCUACUGGGUAGUAGCAGUGCUAAUGUUGCAGAGAAAUAUGGCGAAGAAAUUGAAGUCCAUUCAUUGCUUAUUAUAAAUCAGCAUUCUUUCGAAGUGUUACACGCACAUGAGUUGAUGGCCAAUGAGUUUGCUACUAGUCUUAUAUCUGCCAAGCUUGGAGAUGAUCCUAAUAUUUACUACAUAGUUGGUACAGCUAUGGUCUAUCCUGAAGAGGCAGAGCCCAAACAAGGCAGAAUUAUAUUGUUCCAUUGGAAUGAAGGGAAGUUAACACAAGUCGCUGAAAAAGAAAUCAAAGGAGCAGCAUACACAUUAGUAGAGUUCAAUGGAAAACUGCUAGCCAGUAUAAACAGUACAGUGAGAUUAUUUGAAUGGACUGCUGAGAAAGAGCUGCGUGUAGAAUGCAGUUACUUCAACAACAUUAUAGCCCUCUACCUGAAGACUAAAGGAGACUUUAUCCUAGUGGGUGACCUUAUGAGGUCCAUGAAUCUCCUUGCUUAUAAACCCGUUGAGGGAAACUUUGAAGAGAUUGCCAGAGAUUUCAAUCCCAACUGGAUGUCGGCUGUUGAGAUCUUAGAUGAUGACACUUUUCUUGGUGCUGAAAACUCGUUCAAUUUGUUCACAUGUCAGAAAGACAGUGCGGCAGCCACAGAUGAAGACAGACAACAUUUACAAGAGGUUGGCAUGUUCCAUCUGGGGGAGUUUGUCAAUGUUUUCAGACAUGGAUCCUUAGUGAUGCAGCAUCCAGGUGAGAUGUCCACUCCCACCCAAGGUUGUGUACUGUUUGGUACAGUCAAUGGUGCUGUAGGUCUGGUGACACAGCUGCCUCAAGAGUUCUUCAACUUCCUUAUGGAGAUUCAGAACAAACUUGCCAAAGUCAUCAAAAGCGUUGGCAAAAUAGAUCACUCAUUCUGGCGGCAGUUCCAUACAGAACGGAAGAGUGAACCAUCCGUAGGGUUUAUAGAUGGCGACCUCAUAGAGAGCUUCUUGGAUCUUUCGAGAGAAAAUAUGCAGGAAGUUGCACAAGGAAUACAGAUGGAUGAUGGCAGUGGAAUGAAACGUGAAGCAACAGUGGAUGACCUUGUAAAAACCAUAGAAGAACUCACCAGGAUCCAUUAGCACCCCCUCCCACCCCCAGGCAUGUGGUCAUGAAUUCAACCUGAAAAUGGACAGGAGUAAAGGAGUACACAUAGUUGCCCCAACUCUAAACCUUGCAAUUGUGAUAUUGCGGAUAAUGUGAACUGAGCGUCAUAGAUUUCACACUUACACUCUGGAAUGUUCUGAACUGGUCAGUUGCUAGGAACAUGAUUGAAUAGUGUCAGUAAUACAAUGACACUCACAGGAUCAAACACUACUAACUGUCUAUUUGCACAUCUGGUGUGCUUUAACUCUGCAUCCAAUGCCCAAUGACAUCAUAAGUAUUUCAGAUGGAAGCUUUCACAUGUUGGUCAGAAUUGAAUCAUGGAUUCUUUGAUAUGUUAUUUUUAUACUUUAUAAUACAUUUGAAAAACAAGCUGCCCGUUUUAGAUGACUCUGAUGUGGUGCUUAUGUCACAUUCUUUGUACAUCUGUGACAUUGUGAGACGCUAACAUAUAGUGUUAUUUAUUUGUGGUUAAUCAGGACAACUAAGAUGUAAUGAUCCUUCCGUGAGAUUUGGCUCAGUGAAUAUAAUGAGUGAUCCUUUGUGUACAUUUUAAAGAGAGAUAUUGACAAUAUUUAAUGAACAAUGGAAAGUUGUAUUCUGUACAUGUAUUACAUGGUACAUUCAUUUAUUUGUCACAUCUUGCAUUUAAAAAACGAUUUCAACUUAUUCACAUUGAGAGAAAAAUACUUAUUCAGUGCUAGCUGCUUGCAACAUGGUUAAAAUAGUAAAAACAACAUAAAUCAUGAAUUUUGGUACAUGUAUUUUAAUUGGAUAUGCAUGUUCUUAUGAAAUCAUACAUAAACUGAUAUUUCUUGUUGUCAACAUUACACUGAUAUGCAAGCUUCAAUUUGUAUGAGUUGGUUACUCACUAGGACUAAUAUUUUUAAAGUCAUAUGUGUAUUUUGCAGGCUUCAUUUUAAAAGGAAUGUAAAUAACUCGAUGACUUUGUCAGUUCAUGUAUCGGUUCUUUAUAGUUUCAUUGAAAAAAUCCUUAAUACUAAAUGUAUAAAUGCCGGAAACUUGUGACAUGUCAAUUAUAUCAUUUACAACGAUAACUAUUGAGGUUUUAAUGAGUACAUGUAUUUGCUAAAAGCUAAUGCUGUAAAUAUGUAUAAUAUUUAUAUUUUCAUUAUGAUGUACAUGUAGAUAUCUGUGUAGUUUUGGAAAUAAAGCCAAGUAGGUUGACUGUACAGUUGACCCAAGUAUACAAACAUUGUACUUGUUUAAUGCACAUUAAUAAGGUCUUAAACCAUGGUAAUGAUGCUGAAUUUAUCACAAGGCUAAUAUCUGUAGCUUCAAUAAGGAGGUGUACCUCCCCAGACAUCAUCAUUUCAUGUAGAGAUUAAUCUCUUGUUUGACUGACAUGCCUCAUAUCAGACACAAGGGAAUAUUUAGGUGAAAUAUUUGGGUAAUUAUAGCUGUGAAAA